UUUAUGUUGCGAAUAACAGCUUUGCUUUUAAUUGCUCUUUUGUGUUUGGAAAUGGUCAAUAGCUGUGGAUUUCCAAUGCCCGCUCCUGCUCCAACAAUGUGUUGUUGCGGCGGUGGUGGUGGCGGUGGAUGUGGACGCAGGAAGCGCGCAGUUCAACCACAUUUCAAAGGUUCAGAGAUUCCUUGCCCACAGAUUGAAUGGAAGCGAAUAGUUGAAAAGGCUAUUAUUGAAAAUGUGGGAAAAGAAAUGACAACUAACGCUAUUCAAAGUGCAAUGAAUAUUCGCUUUCCGGACCAUAAGUUCAUUGUUACAUGUGCAUCAUUGCAUAAUUCAAAUGUCAUUGAUGGGAAAAGUAUCGCCAUAAAAGGAGUGAAAAUAGAAGAGAUGGUAACCUUCAUUUCAGCAGGGGACGGAUACUGUAAUCUUAUGGAUAAAGGAAAAUGGUGCCAAGUAGUGGCUUUGAGUGCUUAA